AUGUCGUUCAAGUGCCCUCCUUCGUGUUGCAUUUGCAAACGUCGACAUCACACAUUACUACAUCGGGAGUCAAAACCAACGGCUUUGAAUCCGCCAGCGGCCAUGCUAGGUCGACAGAAAUCUCCUACGGUGCUAUUAGGGACAGCUCUGAUCCAUGUACGAGACACAGUGGGGAAUGGCCAGACGGUACGAGCCCUGAUUGACUCCGCCUCGCAAAUAAGUGCAAUAACCUCAGCCUGUUGCAAUCGUUUGGGCUUAAAGCCUUCGCAUUGGACAGUACCUGUUACCGGGCUGUCAGGCCAAAAGGUUCCGGAUGUGCAGGGAAUCGUGCAGCUGACGAUCCAGCCUCGAGGCAAUCCCAUUCCAUUCAUCAACGUUAAACCAUGGGUGCUGACCGCGAUAACUUCCGACAUGCCAGCCCGAAAGUUACCAGCUCAGGUACGGGCAAGGUGCAACCAUUUAACGCUCGCGGGUCCAACCUUUGAUAAACCUGCUCCAGUCGAUAUGCUAAUCGGUGCUGACAUCUUCCCUCAAAUCUGGAAUGACAAGAGCAGGUCAUUGGGUCCAGGAUACCCUUCUGUUUACAGCUCCGUUUUCGGUUGGGUGCUGAUCGGCCCAGUUCAAGAACACCCAGAUAUUGGCGCACAAUCCAUGCUGGUAUCAUUGGUGCCGUCCAUUGAAUCCAUCAUGGAGAGAUUUUGGAAGGUUGAAGAACCUGAGGCUGCUCCGCCUCAGUUUACCGAAGAUGGCUUGUGUGAAGAGUUGUUUCAGGCUAAGAUGAGACGAGAUUCACGGGGUCGUUUUUCCGUUCCUCUCCCUUUCCGCUCUGGUCGAUCAACUGAAUGCUUUCCCGGCUCGCGUCAAGUGGCUCUAAAUCGCCUUCUGCAUUUAGAACGGAAACUUUCAGGCGAUCAAACCUUGUACAACGCUUACCGAAAAUUCAUGCAGGAGUAUGAGGAGUUAGGCCACAUGUCUAUUGCGGAAGGAGCAGGGCAGUAUUACAUACCUCACCAUGCGGUUCAGAAGGUGGAAGGAGAGAUGUCAAAGUUAAGGGUGGUUUUCGACGCUUCUGCGAAAUGCCAUUCCGGGGUGUCAAUCAACCAAUGCUUGUUGGUUGGCCCGAAGCUCCAGCAGGAUAUUGUCGAUGUUUUAAUUGGUUUUCGGGUGCAUAAAGUGGCGUUCACGACUGACAUCUGCAAGAUGUAUCGUCAGAUUGACGUGUUACCGCAAUACCGAGGGUGCCAAUAUAUCCUGUGGAGAGAUUCUCCUCAAGUCAUUGUCAAAGAUUAUGUACUUAACACGGUCACGUACGGGGUAAAUAGUGCUCCUUAUUUAGCCCUGCGUGUCCUCCGGUAA